CACCUUAGUCGUGAUGGCUGUGUGGUGCCUCCAUAUUUAGAGGCUGUAUGCCACGGAAUAGGAGCUGCUUCUGGCCGGGGCGGGCAACAGCAGCGAGAGCGAUGGCCUAUUACUUGUGGACUCCCCCGUAUCCUCUGGCUAGCCACCGUGGGGAUGGGAUUCUCAACUAGACAAGCCUUUGGUCUUCAGAAGAACUCAAAACUCACGAGGAAUGUUGAAAGGAGUGGAAUUUAUUUGUAAAUGCAUAACAAACUGGUAGCCAAGAAUGAAGAAAGCAAGCCGGAGCGUUGGUUCAGCACCCAAAGUGCCUGGGAUCAAUAAAAUACAAGCAGUGGAAAAAACAAAGCCAGAAAACGGUUCUGCAGUCACUACAGUAACAAAGCUUUCAAAAACCGGGCCUUCGGCAUCCUUACUGAAGGCAAAGAGCAACGAUGAUCUUUUAGCUGGGAUGGCUGGCGGGGUGACAAUGAGCAACGGUGUCAAGGGGAAAAAGAGCACUUGCACUUCCUCCGCACCUUCCUCUGCAGGGACCACCAUGAACAGUCUGGAGAACAAGCCCAAGCCUGUUGCAGGAACAAGUUCUACAGCUAAGCGAAGCACUUCAUCUGGAAAUAAGGAGUCCAGUUCUUCUCGGGAAAGAGUUCGUGACCGUUCCCGGCUGACCCAAAGCAAAAAAUUGCCCCUUACUGGGCAGACAAGCAAUGAACCUGUCUUCGCAAAACGCUCUCGUAGCCGUACUAACCCAGAUUCUGAUGUCCGAAUGAGCAAGUCUAAGUCGGACAACCAGAUCAGUGACAAAGCGGUUUUAGAAGCAAAAGUGAAAGACCUUUUGACUUUAGCCAAAACGAAAGAUGUAGAGAUCUUGCACCUGAGGAAUGAGCUCCGAGAGAUGCGUGCUCAGCUAGGACUUAAUGAUGAUCACUCCGAGGGAGAUGAAAAAUCCGAGGGAAAAGAAAUCAUCGUUGUCCACCAACCAACCGAUGUAGAAUCAACGCUGCUGCAGUUGCAAGAGCAAAACUCUGCCAUCCGGGAGGAGCUCAACCAGCUGAAAAAUGAGAACCGGAUGUUGAAGGAUAGACUGAAUGCCCUUGGGUUUUCUCUGGAGCAGAGGCUGGAUAACUCAGAGAAGCUAUUUGGCUACCAGUCUUUGAGCCCAGAAAUCGCAGCUGGAAGCCACAGUGAUGGUGGGGGCACCCUCACGUCCUCGGUAGAAGGUUCUGCCCCGGGUUCCAUGGAAGACCUUCUGAGUCAGGAUGAGAACACCUUGAUGGACAAUCAGCACAGUAAUUCCAUGGAUAACUUGGACAGCGAGUGCAGUGAAGUGUAUCAGCCCCUCACGUCAAGUGAUGAUGCCUUAGAUGCUCCAUCGUCUUCAGAGUCGGAGGGCGUGCCGAGCAUAGAACGGUCAAGGAAGAGCAGCAGCGGCAAUGCCAGCGAAGUGUCCGUGGCCUGUUUGACGGAACGGAUACACCAGAUGGAAGAGAACCAGCAUAGUACCGCCGAAGAACUACAAGCGACUCUUCAGGAACUUGCAGACUUGCAGCAAAUUACUCAGGAGUUGAACAGCGAGAACGAACGGCUUGGAGAGGAAAAAGUUAUUCUGAUGGAAUCCUUGUGCCAGCAGAGCGAUAAGUUGGAGCAUUUCAGCCGGCAGAUCGAGUACUUCCGCUCCCUUCUAGACGAGCACCAUAUCUCUUACGUCAUCGAUGAAGACAUGAAAAGCGGGCGCUAUAUGGAACUGGAGCAACGCUACCUGGACCUUGCGGAGAACGCGCGUUUUGAAAGGGAGCAGCUCCUUGGCGUCCAGCAGCACCUGAGCAACACUUUGAAGAUGGCUGAGCAAGAUAACAAGGAAGCGCAAGAGAUGAUCGGGGCCCUGAAGGAACGGAACCACCACAUGGAGCGGAUCGUGGAGUCGGAGCAGAAGAGCAAGGCCGCGCUGGCAGCCACCUUGGAUGAGUACAAAGCCACCGUAGCCAGUGACCAGAUUGAGAUGAACCGGCUGAAGGCUCAGCUGGAGCACGAAAAGCAGAAAGUGACGGAGCUGUACUCCAUACACAACUCGGGUGACAAAUCGGACAUUCAAGACUUGCUAGAGAGCGUCAGGCUUGACAAAGAAAAAGCGGAGGCCUUGGCCAGCAGCCUGCAAGAGGAGCUCGCGCAUAUGCACAACGACGCCAAUCGCCUGCAAGACGCCAUCGCAAAGAUAGAAGAUGAAUACAGAGCUUUCCAAGCAGAAGCAAAGAAACAAAUUGAGGAUCUGAAUAUGACCUUAGAAAAGCUUCGAACGGAACUGGAGGAAAAAGAAACAGAAAGGAGUGAUAUGAAGGAAACUAUAUUUGAAUUGGAAGAUGAAGUCGAGCAACAUAGGGCUGUAAAACUCCACGACAACCUCAUCAUCUCUGACUUGGAGAAUACGGUUAAAAAGCUUCAAGACCAAAAACAUGAUAUGGAAAGAGAGAUCAAGACUCUGCAUCGGAGGCUCAGAGAGGAGUCUGCAGAAUGGCGGCAGUUCCAAGCCGACCUGCAGACUGCAGUGGUCAUAGCAAACGACAUCAAAUCUGAGGCGCAGGAAGAGAUUGGAGAUCUAAAGCGCAGGCUGCACGAAGCUCAGGAGAAGAACGAAAAGCUCUCCAAAGAGCUGGAGGAAAUCAAAUCUCGCAAGCAAGAAGAGGAGCGUGGCCGAGUGUACAAUUACAUGAAUGCCGUCGAAAGAGACCUGGCAGCCCUGAGACAAGGAAUGGGGUUGAGUCGCCGGUCAUCCACUUCUUCAGAACCCACGCCCACUGUCAAAACCCUCAUCAAAUCCUUUGACAGCGCCUCCCAAGUUCCUAGUCCUGCCGCAGCAGCCAUUCCUCGCACCCCGCUGAGCCCAAGCCCUCUGAAAACCCCUCCCGCCGCUGCAGUCUCCCCAAUGCAGAGGCAUUCCAUAAGUGGACCCAUCUCGGCUUCGAAACCCCUUACAACUCUGUCAGACAAAAGGCCAAGUUAUGCAGAAAUUCCCGUUCAAGAUCAUUUGUUGAGAACUUCCUCUACCAGCAGACCUGCUUCUCUGCCAAGAGUUCCUGCCAUGGAAAGUGCCAAAUCGAUCUCUGUGUCUCGGCGAAGCAGUGAAGAAAUCAAGCGGGACAUCACUGCACCGGAUGGAGCGACUCCAGCCUCUCUCAUGGCAAUGGGGACCACAUCGCCCCAGCUGUCUCUCUCCUCUUCGCCUACAGCGUCAGUCACGCCUACGACACGGAAUCGGAUAAGGGAGGAAAGGAAAGACCCUUUGUCUGCUCUGGCCAGAGAGUACGGGGGCUCCAAGAGGAAUGCUUUGCUGAAGUGGUGUCAGAAGAAAACGGAAGGCUACCAGAAUAUUGACAUCACCAACUUCAGCAGCAGCUGGAAUGACGGCUUAGCUUUCUGUGCAGUCCUCCAUACUUACCUCCCAGCUCACAUUCCCUAUCAGGAGCUGAACAGCCAGGACAAGAGAAGGAAUUUCACUCUGGCCUUCCAGGCAGCCGAAAGUGUGGGCAUCAAAUCGACUUUGGACAUUAACGAGAUGGUACGGACAGAGCGUCCAGACUGGCAGAACGUCAUGCUGUAUGUUACAGCGAUUUACAAAUACUUUGAAACCUGAGCGCCUCAGUAGGAAGAGAGAAUGUUCGGGGGAAGCAGGAACCCAAGUUGACACACUAAUCUCAACCGGCACCUUCCACCUCUUGACGGACCAUUUUGACCGGCUCGGGGAAGCAAGGUUUUGUUCCCACAGUGCUCAGGCAAACCCAGAUAGCUAGACGGAGUGGAGUAAAUUAUUGGCCUCCUGCGCCUGAGGAGCCUGGACUUUGAACAGAACCUUGCUAGGAACAGUGUCCUGAAGCUUUCAAACUUCUGUUGGAGAAGACAGAACUGAAGGGAUGCCAUUGAACGUGCAAGACUGCAUGAACCGCUGACAUUUGUAGGACUGUGUUGCGAAUACUUUUCUUCAGAUAAGAAAAACACCCCCAAAGUUUGGGUGAAUAAUUUACUCUCGGCACCCCCGAGUACAGGAAAAGCUCUGAAUCCUAACCGAAUGAUUGCCUUAUAAUAUCUCCACCUCUUUGAAGUGCACAAUUAUAGCAGGAAGUACAAGUUGUUGUUUUUUCCUCUGUCAAGCUCACGGAACUGAAGAACAGUGUCCGAGCCCCUCUGGCUCAUGAAACCCCGCUGCUCCCCUCUUCGGCUUCAGGGCCUGUGUUUUUCAGCCUACCUCUGCUCCACUGUAAUAUGGCUUCCAACUUUAUUCCUGGACGGAUUCCAGCAUAGCACUUGCAAUUCCUAACUUUCAGGAUAUUACCAUUUUAUCAAUACUUUGAACAUUUCUUGUGUGCUUCCAGAAGAAUUUGCUUUCUGUGGAAUUGACCUUUUCGUUGGCCUUGCUGGCAUCCUUGGCGAAGUGUAGGCUUUUCUUUGCAGACGUCCAGAUGAGGCAUCGCCCGAGAUGAAGAGGGUUGUGUUGGUCAUGGAAUAGGGUAAGCUCCUAUUCAGGGUGCUGUUAGCAAUAAUCACCUCUGGCCAGGCAGCUUUUCAGUGCGUUCUGUGCUGUGUAUCUUUGGAAUGGCCUUCCCUUGCAGGCCUUGCUGAAACGAAUGGAGUUAGUACAGACGGAAAUGGCUUUCCCCGUAAGCCUAGUUUAAAGCCUGUCUGGGAUUGACGCUGGUGAGAGAAGAAUGUGCAGAGUUCUGGCUGCUUGAACCGCGGUGUUGAAUCCCCCCAGCACAGCUCUCCGGGUGCAAAGUGCCUUACUGGGCCCUGAGACGAAAGCAGCAGCAGCAGCAGCAGCUCUGGGGCCCUGCACAGAAGACUGAACAGCUCCCAAGACAUCCAGCAGCAGCGAGCCCCGAAGGAAUGAGUGCUGGUUUGCAUGGCCCUUCUCAAGCCCAGAAGGCCUCUGGUUCUGCCAUUGCUUUCCUGGAUGGGCCCCUGCAGGCCGGGAACAGUGGGGGUCCUGGAAUGGUCGCUGCUGCUGCUGGGGUGGGUGGGGUGCAUAUGUUCUCCUUCUAACCGGCUCUGUGUUGGACUCUGCUCAUAAAUGCAUUUUGCUUUUCUUUUGCUUUUUUUUUUUGCUUUUUGUUUUUUUUUAACUCAACAGCCCCACGAGAAGCCAUCAUUUUUGCAAUUCCUUCUGUGUGCCUAUAACUCUCAAAGGACGCUUUGAAUGUCCUAGCUCUGCGAACUCUGAAGAAUGUGACCAACGCCGAGACAGUCUGUUGAAGGGCGGCCAGGCACAGGUGCCAAACGGUAUAUUGGGGUAGGCCAGAAUCAGCUCUGAAGAAUGUAGUCAGAAUUGGUUCCCUGGUGCCUCCUCGACUCUUGCCCAUGAGCGGCAGCGCCAGGAAUAAGGCCGCGGCGCUUGUGUGUGCCUGUGAAAUGCCAGGUCCUGCCUGCUCCGGGUCCUCCUUUCCUCUUCCUCAGAUUGUGAGGCUCAUGUUAAGGACUCCUGCAAGCAUCUCAAGGACAUUGGCCUGCGAGUAAACAGGGGCGAACUUUUCCUGAUGAGUCUUGUAAAAAUCCAGAUGAAGCACUCUCUCCUAAAGCUUUCCCCCGCCUUCUUGAGCCCUCAAAUGACACGAAAACAGCUUCCUCUUCUCAGUUCUGUGCUCUGCUUUGGUACAGAGGAGGUCGCUUUGGUCUCUCGCUUGUGAAGUUCAGAUGCCUUGCUCUGUGGUGUCCUAUUUAUUGCAUUAAAACGACAGUGAUGCCUUUUCCUCGUGAGCACCCUUCCCAUCAACAGCCACGUAUCCUGUGGACCGAACUUUUCAGCCCCCUGACAAUGAGACUAGCUUUGUGCACAUGAGCCCCUCCAGCUAAAGGAGCCCUCACAUGGGCAUUGAUGAGAGGAGAACUCACUUGUGCAGGGAAGCAAAGAGAAAAACGGCCUAGAGUGGGAGCAGAAUCAAAGCUGCUUUCUAGCUAGUGCAGUUCUGUGCCUUGCUUCCUUGCAGGGCGUAUCCGCAGCUUGUUAUGGUGAAGGAUGGACUAGAGAGAGAUUCUGCCACAGAGAGCAAUGACUUCAUCAUGACCAGAAGCACCCCACGGGACGCAAGAAAUUAAAUAAUUCCCACUCUACAGUGGAAGAUGGGCUUAAGGAGGACAUCUUUGCUCUUGGUUGAAUAAUUAGCUACAUAACCCUUCUUGAAAAGGUAUUAUUCAGUUGCUUAUCCGGCCUUAAAAAGACCAGUUCAGUUACAUGUGACUGUAAACUGCAUUCUUGCUGUUUUUCAAUUUUUUUUUUUUGUUGUUCCAUUAAAUAUUUUUGAAUAUA